UUUGUUUAGUAUGUAUCUCUCAAGCAACAUUGCCAAAAUAAUUACGUUUUCUUUUUCAGUCUUCCGAUCUGGAUAAUUUUCCAACGAUAAGCACUACAUGUUUUAUCGGCAAAAAGAAGGCACUGACCGUAAUUCCCACAGAUCCGCAUAUUUCCGAUGUCUCAGAUGACGAUUUCAGUGACGGAGAAAAUAUUUCCCAAACAAAUGAGCUUAACGAUGCAGAAGUGCCUUCAGCACUUGACAACAUUGCAGUUACCAUUGAGUAUUUUACAAAGUUUUUUCAUUUGAUCUAAUC